AUGUUCCAGCUUCCGCGCCGCAAGGUGAUUGGACUUGCAAUUUAUUUGUGUGCCCUUUCGCUGACACCAGAUCUUUUUGCUGACGGCACUGCGUCAACUCUUCCGCUGCGCACCCAUCCAGCCUCCCGCCCUCUGUUCCGCACUCCUCUGACCCCUGCAGGACGUCGCCGACCCUGCGCUCCUCCCCGCCCCGCGCAGAGCCGCACCUCCGCCUUCACUGGGAUUGCCGUUCGCGACCUCCCCCUUCCCUCCAGCGGUGCACACAUGCACCAGCUUUUGAAGCCAUUGGAGCACUUUGAUCGUGAGAAGCCAUACGGAAAGGUGGUACGGCCAUCCGUCGGUCAAAGUUGGUCGUCAGCCAUGGGAGCGGGCUCGAGUCAACCGGCGCAUCAGCAGCAUCGUCGGUCGCAGCCAGCCAGGCCGCCGCAGUACUACCCGCAAGUCCCUUACUCCGUCCCCGCAGGCGCAGUUCCGCAAGCCCCCUAUGGCCAUGCGCCGUACCCCUAUGGCUACGCGUACCCGCCGGCCGGCGGCGGAGUGCCUCCUUCCCCGUGGCAGCACAAUCCGCACUAUCCGCAUCCCGCGUCUCAACCGCCCGCCGCGCCGUGGUACGGCGGAUAUCCCGGGCACGCGCCGCCGCCGUACCAGGUCCCCGUUCCGCCGAUGAUGCCGAUGCCGCCUCCGCCUGUGGUAGCGGAGCCGCAGCAAGCGGUGACGAUAAGGAACGAGGUGAACGUGAAGCGCAGCUCGCUGCGAUUGCUGCGCGACCCCGCAGAUCCGAGCAAGCACCUCGUCGCCUUCACCUUCGACGCCACCACCAGCGGCAGUGUGAGCGUGUUCUUCGCGGCGCAGGAGGGCGAGGGGUGCAGCCUCAGGGGUGUGUAUCCGCACGUGCACACGCCAACGGUCGUGCGCUUCGCCAAGGGACUCGGUCAGAAGUUCGUGCAGCCGUCAGGCACGGGCGUCGACCUCUCGUUCAUCCCAGAAGAGCAUCUCGUUAGGGUUUCAGGCACCAACCCCGUGUAUCCGCUCGUUAUUCGCACCCGCGUCGAGCCCAGAAGCCCGAAAUCCGCGACGGUAGCAUCGCCGAUUAGUAGCGCUAGCAGCGGCGUCAGUAGCGCUCAGUCCGGCGAGCCCGCGAGCGCGUCGUCGUCAGAGCCGCGCUCCGUCGGCAGCAGCCAUGGCGUAGAAUCGCGCGACUCGGAUCCAGGCGCUCCGCUGCCCCCGUCGGUGCAGUCUCAGAUGACAUACGCGGUGUUCGAGAAGGCCGCUGUAGCGCGUACGGAGAAAGAGGGAGAAGGGGAGGCGGCGGAGGGCGAUAAGGGGAAGGGCGUAGGGGAGCUGCCCGGGCUGUUCGUGGUGCGGCCAGUGAAGCAGAAGAUCUGGGUGGACGGCACCAGCUACGAGGUGCAGGAGAUCUACGGCAUCGAGCAGUGCGGGCGGGCCAACACGGGCAAGGGCAAGAAAGGCGAGGAGGGAGAGGAGGAGGAGGACGAGGUGGCGGGCAAGGAGUGCGUGAUCUGCAUGUCAGCUCCCAGAGACACCACCGUGCUGCCAUGCCGCCACAUGUGCAUGUGCGCGGACUGUGCCAAGGUGCUGCGGUACCAGACCAACAAGUGCCCCAUCUGCCGCCAGCCCGUGCAAUCAUUGCUCGAGAUCCGAGUGCCGCCCAGACUGCCCUCGCUAGACGGACCUGAGCCGACUUCCCCUGAGGCGCAGGGAGAAGCAGCGGCAGGGAGGCAGGGGCACACAGAGGCGUGUGCAGGGCCUCCUACACUUGCAGGGUCUGAUGGUUGCGCUGGUCCCGCGUCUGCAGUGGCUCAUGAUGCGGGCAGUGGUGCUGCUGAGGCGGGAGGUUUUCGGGGCCAUGGUCGGGCGAACAGAGGUGUAGAGCCGGAGGCUGAAAGGGGCAGUGGGGUUGGAGAAGGGCGUGGUGGUAGUGCUGACGUUGCGGGGUUGACUGAUCAAGUAGGCUCGUUGCUGUUGGACACAGGUAGAGGCAGAUAA